UCACUGUGUCCUGUACAGAAAGAAUAUUUAAAACAGCAACCAGAUAGGAAGUCAAAAAUGUCAUUUCAAGUUAUACUAGGCUAAAAAUAAAGAAGAAAUUAUAUAACACCUUACAUCUUCUCCCCAUAGGUGGAAAUACGGCAGUUACUUUCUUAAAACAGCAUCGCCAGACCUAAGCUAGCGUGUAUUUUGCUAAACAGUUGUGAGCAACUAAACAGAUUUUUCUUGCUUCUAAGUGGAUACGAGGAAAUGUUUAACCCCCAUUGUAUUGCCACAAAGCCCGGCUGAUCACCCUGGGAGGCCCCGGAGGUCUGAGCAGCUUUGAAUUGGCUGUCGAGAGGACUUUUAACAUUUUACUGCACAUGGUCCGGACACAGCGGAUUUCGGUCACCAGUGUUUUACAUGCAGAAAUGUGCGUGAUGGGCACUUUGUGUAAGAUUUUCCAUUUGCUCCAGGUGCGAAAUGGGCUACCCUAAGAAGACAUUUGGUUUAAAGAAUUAAAAGAACAACUUCUUCAGACAGGAAGACCUUCUUCAAAGUUCCCUGCAUGAACAUUAUUUAAACGUUGCACGCAAAUCUUCUGCGAAAGAAGAAAAGGAAAUACAGUCUGUGGGUCUCAGCAGGAGUUCAGCUAAUGCAGCUUAAAAUAAUGCCGAAAAAGAAGCGCUUACCUGCAGGCAGAGUGGCCCUGAUUCUCUUCCUGUGCCAGAUGAUUAGUGCACUGGAAGUACCACUUGAUCCAAAACUUCUUGAAGACUUGGUACAGCCUCCAACCAUUACUCAACAGUCUCCAAAAGAUUACAUUAUUGACCCUCGAGAGAAUAUUGUGAUCCAGUGUGAGGCCAAAGGGAAGCCUCCUCCAAGCUUCUCCUGGACCCGAAACGGGACUCAUUUUGACAUAGAUAAGGACCCUCUGGUCACCAUGAAGCCCGGCUCAGGAACCCUCACAAUCAACAUCAUGAGCGAAGGGAAAGCAGAGACCUACGAAGGGGUUUAUCAAUGUACUGCCAGGAACGAACGCGGAGCAGCAAUUUCUAAUAAUAUUGUUGUCCGUCCAUCCAGGUCACCGUUGUGGACCAAAGAAAAACUUGAACCAAUAACACUUCGAAAUGGCCAGUCUCUGGUCCUUCCCUGCAGACCCCCACUUGGAUUACCACCACCUAUAAUAUUCUGGAUGGAUAAUUCCUUUCAAAGACUUCCACAAAGCGAGAGGGUUUCUCAGGGUCUGAAUGGAGACCUUUAUUUCUCCAACGUUCUCCCGGAGGAUACCCGUGAAGACUAUAUCUGUUAUGCCAGAUUUAAUCAUACUCAAACCAUACAGCAGAAGCAGCCUAUUUCGGUCAAGGUGAUUUCAGUGGAUGAAUUGAAUGACACUAUAGCUGCUAAUUUGAGUGACACUGAGUUUUAUAGUGCUAAACCAAAUAGAGAGAGGCCACCAACCUUUUUAACUCCAGAAGGCAACACCAGUAACAAGGAGGAAUUAAGGGGAAAUGUCCUUUCGCUAGAAUGCAUCGCAGAGGGGCUGCCUACCCCGGUCAUUUACUGGAUAAAAGAGGACGGCAUGCUACCCACCAACCGGACAUUUUAUAGGAACUUUAAGAAAACUCUGCAGAUUAUUCAGGUUUCAGAAGCAGACUCUGGAAAUUACCAGUGUAUAGCCAAAAAUGCAUUAGGAGCAAUCCAUCAUACCAUUUCUGUCACGGUCAAAGCGGCUCCAUACUGGAUCCUGGCACCUCAAAAUCUUGUACUGUCCCCGGGAGAGGAUGGGUCGCUGAUCUGCAGAGCUAACGGCAACCCCAAGCCCAGGAUCAGCUGGUUAUCGAAUGGCGUCCCAAUAGAAAUUGCCCCUGAUGACCCCAGCAGAAAAAUCGAUGGCGAUACCAUUAUUUUUUCGAAUGUUCAAGAAAGAUCAAGUGCGGUGUAUCAGUGCAACGCCUCUAACGAAUACGGAUAUUUACUGGCAAACGCGUUUGUAAAUGUGCUGGCUGAGCCACCACGAAUCCUUACAUCUGCAAAUACACUCUACCAGGUCAUUGCAAACAGGCCUGCUUUACUAGAUUGUGCCUUCUUUGGGUCUCCUCUUCCUACCAUUGAGUGGUUCAAGGGAGCUAAGGGUAGCGCGCUCCGUGACGAUAUUUACGUUUUGCAUGAAAAUGGAACUUUGGAAAUUCCUGUGGCCCAAAAGGACAGUACAGGAACUUACACAUGUGUUGCAAGGAAUAAAUUAGGAAUGGCAAAGAAUGAAGUUCACUUAGAAAUCAAAGAUCCAACCAGGAUUAUUAAGCAGCCUGAAUAUGCAGUAGUGCAAAGAGGGAGCACAGUGUCCUUUGAAUGCAAAGUGAAACACGAUCACACCUUGACCCUCACCAUCACGUGGCUGAAGGACAACGGUGAGCUGCCCAGUGACGGAAGGUUCACUGUUGACAAGGACCAUUUGGAGGUAGCUGAUGUGAGGGACAGCGAUGGUGGGGCCUACACAUGCGUGGCCAACACAACUCUAGACAUGGUCUCCGCCAGUGCUGUGCUUAGCGUCGUCGCUCCUACUCCAACUCCAGCUCCUAUUUACGAUGUCCCAAAUCCUCCCUUUGAUUUAGAAUUGACGGAUCAACUCGACAAAAGUGUUCAGCUGUCGUGGACCCCAGGCGAUGACAACAAUAGCCCUAUUAUAAAAUUCAUCAUUGAAUAUGAAGACGCAAUGCAUGAGGCAGGACUGUGGCACCACCAAACCGAGGUUUCUGGAAUGCAGACCACAGCCCAGCUGAAGCUGUCACCUUAUGUGAACUACUCCUUCAGAGUGAUGGCGGUGAACAGCCUCGGGAGGAGCCUGCCCAGCGAGCCAUCUGAACAGUAUUUGACUAAAGCUGCAGAACCAGAUACAAAUCCCACGGCUGUGGAAGGACUAGGAUCCGAGCCUGAUAAUUUGGUGAUUACCUGGAAGCCCUUGAAUGGUUUCGAAUCUAAUGGGCCAGGCCUCCAAUACAAAGUUAGCUGGCGCCAGAAAGAUGGCGAUGAUGAAUGGGCGUCAGUGGUUGUGGCGAACGUAUCCAAAUAUAUUGUCUCAGGCACACCAACCUUUGUUCCAUACUUGAUAAAAGUGCAGGCCCUGAAUGAUGUGGGGUUUGCUCCAGAGCCGGCUGUGGUCAUGGGCCAUUCUGGAGAAGACCUCCCAAUGGUGGCUCCCGGAAAUGUGCGUGUAAAUGUGGUGAACAGUACCUUAGCUGAGGUGCACUGGGACCCGGUACCUCUGAAAAGUAUCCGAGGACACCUGCAAGGCUAUCGGAUUUACUACUGGAAGGCACAGGAGGGUUCACUUAAGAGAAACAGACGCCACAUCGAGAAAAAGAUCCUCACUUUCCAGGGCAGCAAGACUCACGGCAUGUUGCCCGGGCUGGAGCCUUUCAGCCACUAUGCACUGAACGUGCGAGUGGUCAAUGGGAAAGGGGAGGGCCCGGCCAGCCCCGACAGAGUCUUUAAUACUCCAGAAGGAGUCCCCAGUGCUCCGUCCUCUUUGAAGAUUAUUAACCCGACGCUAGACUCCCUCACUUUGGAAUGGGACCCACCGAGCCGCCCCAAUGGCAUUUUGACUGAGUACACCUUAAAGUAUCAGCCAAUCAACAGCACGCACGAGUUAGGCCCACUGGUGGAUCUGAAAAUUCCUGCCAACAAGACACGCUGGACUUUAAAAAAUUUAAACUUCAGCACUCGGUAUAAGUUUUAUUUCUAUGCGCAAACAGCAGCAGGAUCGGGGAGUCAAAUCACAGAGGAAGCAGUGACAACUGUGGAUGAAGGUAAGCUGGCCGGUAUUCUUCCGCCUGAUGUAGGUGCAGGCAAAGCAAUGGCAAGCCGACAGGUGGAUAUUGCGACUCAGGGCUGGUUCAUUGGUCUGAUGUGUGCCGUCGCUCUUCUCAUCUUAAUUUUGCUGAUCGUUUGCUUCAUCAGAAGAAACAAGGGUGGUAAAUAUCCAGUUAAGGAAAAGGAAGAUGCUCACGCUGAUCCUGAAAUCCAGCCGAUGAAGGAAGACGAUGGCACUUUUGGAGAAUACAGUGACGCAGAAGACCACAAGCCUUUGAAAAAGGGCAGUCGAACACCUUCAGACAGGACGGUGAAGAAAGAAGAUAGCGACGAUAGCCUAGUUGACUACGGAGAGGGGGUGAACGGCCAGUUCAAUGAGGACGGCUCCUUUAUUGGACAAUACAGCGGUAAGAAGGAGAAAGAACCCGCCGAAGGAAACGAAAGCUCAGAGGCACCUUCUCCUGUCAAUGCCAUGAAUUCCUUUGUUUAACCCACAAGCCCUUUGCCAAUAUCCCAUUUCUCUAGAAUGUUCAUCCUAAGCACUUGUUUGUCUGCCUUCUCAUACUAUGAACUCAGGGGCAGACAGUGCGUGUUCUGCCGUGUGUUAAUAUUAUGAGAAGAGCUAAAACAAGAAUGCGACUCCGUCAGAUGAUUUGUUAAUGUGAACUGCAGUGCAAAGUGCAUCCUUUGUCACUCAAAAUAGGCAUCCUUGGUUUCCGCAGAACUGAUCAAAAUAACACAGCCUCAUCAACGGAUCGUGUUACUUCCUCUUCAGGACACAGUUCAAUAUGAUGCAUGAAAUAAUGCUACACACUUAAAGGAACACCUGUGUAUGUUAUUAAAACAUAGUUGGAGACUCGGUCUAUCCUAUCAUCGGCCGAACCCCGAAAUAUGAAUUCCGUUUUCAUUGUCAAGAGUGUAACUGUAGUAUUCUCUAGAACUUCAAUGUCUUUGUGGACAUUGUUGUGAAAUUGGUGACUCUGUGUCUAGCUGUCUAGUCUUUUUGGGAGACUGUUAGCAACAGGAUGUACAGUAUAUACUUGCUAAAUGAGUUAAUUGUGACAGUCGCAUUUGCUGAUGCUUUGCUGAGACUCUGUUACCGGCCUUCGCUCCUGUUACUUCCUAGCCUUCUUAACCCUCCAGGUGUUACAGCAGUACAGUGUUCUACUUUUUACAUUCAUCUCCGCGUUCAGUUGUUUUUAGGCAUAAGCAAUGUGUAUUGCAAUGCAUUUUGGCACUUAGGCCAGGCUGAAAGAAUCAAAAACGAAUCACUCCACUUAAGUUUCAAAAAUGACUCCAGAAAGCACAGGGCAAGAGACACGUACAGUGCCUUCAGACAACAAGCAUUCCAUAACACGCUGCCUUCUUUCUCCGCCGGGACGGUCGCCUCGGAGUCCCAGCUUACUGUCAGUGUCCAAAAGUAACUUUUCCAAAGCAGAGACCAUGAAAACCGCAAUGCUGAAAGAAAGGAGAGGUGAAAAUGAGAUGAAUAAGACAGUUUAUUUUAAGGAGCAUUUCCCCGUCUGUACAGACAGAAAAAGCUUUAGCACCAACUGGAGCACAUGACGAUUCAGCGGUCUUUUAUGGUUUCUGUUAAAGUCAGUUCAGUCAGAAGGCUGUCAGUUGGGUAGAGAAUUUUUGUAAAACAUAAGCUAUCCCCACACCAGAAGCAUAGGACAGUAUGCCAACAGGAAUGUUAUUCUCCGGGCCUUUACGUAGGGGGCAACUUUUGAAACUCUCUGCAGCAUUAAACAACGUGUAUGCAAAUUGCUAGGACACAUUUCCGAAUCUCAGAAAUCUGACACGUGCUAACGAGGCCAACAGUCAAAGGGAUUCCACCCGCAGUUUCAGACAUCAACAUACCCAUUGUACCGUAUCCAUAAACGAGAUCUCUCAAAUGGUUUACCUCCAAAUAUGAAGUCCUCUAACAACCUAUGGUUGAAGGAAUGCUCCGUUUCAUUUGCCAAUAAAUUGGUUUCUCAUAACUUGCAUCAAGUUUAAUUUUAAGUGAAGCUUUUUAUAUGUAGAUAUUUUGUUGAAUUUGUAAAUAUACCUAAAGUGUAGAUGCUAUAUGCAUAGAGGUGUUACAGACAAAUAAACCUGCAACCCAUGUUGAUGUUGUACUGUAUAAGAAGUUAGCUAAUUAAUACAGUGCAUGGGAUUGGAAAGCAUUUACUUAAAUACCUUGUGGGUUUUUAUUUUCCCUUUUUGCUGUGAAACUGAAAUAGUGAUCUAUGCUACAUAUUGACAGCAAGUUUCUAGAAAUCUUCAGAGCUUUGCCUGUGGGGCUCAGUAGGCCUAUUUCCGGCACCUUUGCUGUUUAUAGGUAAAGCACAAUUUGAAGUAAUCCCAGGUAAAGAUGGUCCUACAUAAUCCCACGCCUCCAUGUUCGCUUCUCACAGACCAGCCGUUCUAAUGGAAAUACAGAAAGAUGAACCAGGCUUGCCUUGGCAUCAGAGAGCACAAAGAUAAAAGUUACUUUACAUUUGCCGAUGUCUGGGAGGGGGAGGGAGGCAUUACAAGUACAGUUUUUACUCUCCCAUCAUGGUAGGCGCGAAAUUUAUCUGUGCAUGGAGGGGUCACUUCUGUAAUAGGGCAACGGAUUUUGUAUUAAAGAUUAAAUGUGGUUUUAAAAGUC